UUAUUCCAUACUCUGGUUGUGUGUCAGUUGCUACAGACAUAAGCGAAACAAUAACAAUUGGUGAUACUUUCACUAACCCUCUGAGAGAGUGACUGUUACAUGUUCCGUCCAUCAAGCUUUCGAGGAAUUUGGGAAUAGCAUAUUACGUGCUCUGUGCAUGUCAGAUUUGACACGAUUUGAAACCCUUUAAAGUUGAAUCUACUUUUUUUCUACAGUAGCUGUGCAGGAGUGGCCAGAGCCUAAAGCAGCUAUUCAUAUCAGAUUUCAACCAAACCAGCUGGGAGAGAGAGCGCGUUUGUCAUUAUCCUUCCCUUUCCGAUCCAGGAAAGCUUACCAGGGAGAGAGAAAAGAGAGAGAUAGAGUGGGUGAGAGAGGAGGAAAGAGACGGAGGGAUCCAAAGGAAUUUCCAAGGAUAUUUCUUCUGUUGCCGUGAAAAAAAAGUGUUGGUCAGUUGGGGGCGAGGCAAAGAGCGCGGUCAAGGAUGGACGAGCAGCCUCGGUUGAUGCACUCCCACGGCGUGGGAAUGGCCGGACACCCCGGCCUGGCGCAAAAUAUGCAGGAUGGCACGGGAGGGACGGACGGAGAUGGAAGAAAGCAGGACAUUGGAGACAUAUUACAGCAAAUAAUGACCAUCACAGACCAAAGCCUGGACGAAGCGCAGGCCAGGAAACAUGCACUGAACUGUCACAGGAUGAAACCAGCUCUCUUCAACGUCUUGUGUGAUAUAAAAGAGAAAACAGUGCUCAGUAUCCGUGGCGCCCAGGAGGAGGAUGCUCCAGAUGCCCAGCUCAUGCGAUUGGACAACAUGCUGCUGGCGGAGGGCGUGUCCGGACCAGAGAAAGGGGGCGGGUCUGCGGCAGCGGCAGCAGCGGCGGCAGCAGCGGGAGGAGGGGUGGGCCAGGACAACUCAACAGAACACUCAGACUAUAGGGCCAAGCUUACUCAGAUCCGUGGGAUCUACCACACAGAGCUGGAGAAGUAUGAACAGGCAUGUAAUGAGUUUACCACCCAUGUGAUGAACCUGCUGAGGGAGCAGAGUCGCACACGGCCCAUCUCACCCAAAGAGAUCGAGCGUAUGGUGGGCAUUAUCCACCGCAAGUUCAGCUCCAUCCAGAUGCAGCUCAAACAGAGCACCUGCGAGGCCGUCAUGAUCCUACGCUCCCGCUUCCUCGACGCCAGACGAAAGAGAAGGAACUUCAACAAGCAGGCAACAGAGAUCCUAAAUGAGUAUUUCUACUCCCACCUGUCCAACCCCUAUCCCAGUGAGGAGGCCAAGGAAGAGCUGGGCAAGAAGUGCUCCAUCACAGUGUCACAGGUAUCGAACUGGUUCGGAAACAAGAGAAUCCGAUACAAGAAAAACAUUGGCAAGUUCCAAGAGGAAGCCAACAUGUAUGCCGCGAAGACAGCCGUCAGUGCAACCAAUGUAUCAGCCCAUGGCAGCCAGGCCAACUCCCCCUCCACCCCCACCUCUGCAGGUUCUGCUGGCUCUUUUAACAUGUCAAACUCCGGAGACUUGUUCAUGAGUGUGCAGGCUCUGAAUGGGGACUCAUACCAGGGGGCUGGGGUGGGGGCCAACGUUCAGUCCCAGGUAGGAUCCUCGCAGAGAAUAGUGGAUACUCUUCGCCAUGUUAUCAGCCAGACAGGAGGAUACAGUGACAGCCUCGCCGCCAGCCAGAUGUACAGUCCACAGGGCAUCAACACAAACGGUGGGUGGCAGGAUGCGCCGACCCCCUCAUCAGUGACCUCACCCAUAGAAGGACCCGGAAGUGUUCACUCGGAUACCUCCAACUGAUUAUUUUACCCUCCACACACAACAUCACCCCAACCCAACGAUGAACUGGCAGAGCCAAUCACAGUAUUAAACAUAGAGGCAUACUACACAGUGUCCUGUAGAUUUCAGGGGUGCUGUGAAAACCAUAACUAAAGCAACCUUUCCUCAGCUACAGUACUACGGGACAUUUGAGAUACAUACAUACAUACAUACAUACAUACAUACAUACAUACAUACAUACAUACAUACAUACAUACAUACAUACAUACAUACAUACAUACAUACAUACAUACAUACAUACAUACAUACAGUAAAAAGAAUUUCAGAACAAAAAUCAAAAUGAUACAAAAUUUAUUAAUACAAAUGUUUGUACAGAUUUCACAGGAUAUUCAGAGGGCUGGGGUUGCUUAGUCAACUGUGAUGGGUUUACUCAUAUUGAUAAUAUUCAGUGAUAAGAUAAAUUCAGACAACCAAACCUGCAUACUUAAAUUCAAAUGCUUAAUUCUACCUCUCAGCGACUAAAAAGUAAACAAAUAUGAAAGAACAUUAUUUGUUUUCUAAAACAUGAACUUUGUCAUUGUAAGAAAGAAGCACUUUGUCAUGCUUUGUUUUGCGGUCCCUCCCCACUGGGCACACAAUGGUUGAAUCAACGUUGUUUCCACGUCAUUUCAAUGAAAUUACGUUGAGUCAUCGUGGAAUAGAUGUUGAAUUGACGUCGGUGCCCAGUGGGUUGCCUAUUCUAUGGUACGCCAUUGAGGUUUUUAAUGUUGCUCCCCUGUUUACAGUGUGUGCUUGAUAAACUGUGUUCGCUUUACCCUCUCCCACAGGGAAAGAACCAAGAAGACUUAGAACUUGAUUUACUAAAUGUUUUUGUAUUAGUUUCUCCGUAGAGGACUUGUAGGGAAAGCAGGUCAGACUAGUGAACUCUGAGGACCCUUCACCCUGACUAGCAGGUCUUCAAUCUGGGUGGAAGGCAUUAGAAAAGGAAAACAUGCUGGUACGAGAAUGUUCAUUGGCGGAUCUAAAGGAUUUCAUGGAAAUUGAGUAGACAAUUGAAUAUACAUUGUAGAUGUGUGUCUUCCUGGUUUAUAAACUUCUGCCCCACAACCCCUUUGAUAACCUAUCAGAAUGCAGGAGCGCUGUGGGCCCACAAGCACUCACAGGGCUCUGUUCCAAUAUCCAUACUAGCGUACCACUUAGUCUUGCUAACACCAGCCUCUUGACGUCACAGCUCACUGUGUAGUCAGCCAGGCUACGUACAACUUAGAAUGCAUGCCCAAUACAUGCUUCAUUCUAAGUAUGCUAGUGUGGAUAUUGGAAAAAAGCUACAGAGUAUGUGCUAUUGAUUGUCUGUGAACAGGAGGAAAGCCUUCCUUUUAAACAACCACCUCAUUGAGUAUCAGUGUAUCUCAUCAGAGAUAAACGUGUGAGGUUACAGUUAUGUCAUGUGUAAAAGAAAAAAGGAAAAUAAACACCUGUCAUCAACAA